AUGCGUUCAUUCCUGAAUACUUGCCGAAACCAUAAAGACAACUCAGCGCUUGCGGAGCGGUUUGAACAGAUACUCAGCCAAAAAAUAGAUGAAUCCACCAAGUCCUUCAUCGACCAGAAUCCCACAUUGCAGCACCUCUACACUAAGUAUCACAAAGAGAAUGAUGCCAAAACUUUUGAAGCGGUACAACUGCAGAAUAACGCACAAUCCAAGGACUAUGGAGCAAAGUUUCAAAAGGAAAUUGGCUUGAUUAAAAGCGCAAAUUUGAUUAAAGUAAAAGAUAGCGAAGCAAUCCUUCAUCCUUGGACAGGGACUGAGAGGGUUCAAGACACUACUUUGAGAAUGCUCGUUGACUCAGCUCCAAAACCAAAACGAUUACAUAGGAACAAAACUUUAUUCACGGCGCCGAAGACACUUGGAACUAGAGUCACCGAUGCGAAAGAAGGAUCACUCGACUAUAAAUUGUCAAAGGUUUUGACACCUGAGGAGAAGGAGAAAGAAGAAUUCAGAGAAAUGUAUCAGGAAAGACUCUUGGGCCCUGCCAUGUUUGCUGGUCACAAUUCACCAACAACAGCAUCAGGAAUGAUUGGAAACUUGGCGAGCGCUCGUAUCAAUUCUGUCAUAAAUCGAAAGACGGGAAAAUUUGAAUCACCUGAUAUGGAGAAAGUGAGGGGAAAACCCCUAGAUCGGGAAAGAUUGGCAAAUUCUACAAACUCGAACUAUUUCAUGAACCAGAUUCUCAAAAAUCAGGAAUGUCUCCCCGUUUGGAUUGAAUCUCAGCAAGGUAUUGAUAAGGAAAUUUCAGUCUUCCGCCUUGAGAUCCAAAAAAAGAUCAUCAAGGCAAUCAUAGACUCCGCGUCAGCACAUGUCGGGACAGUAGACGCAGAUAUUAUUGAUUACAUUAUCACUGCGGACUCUGAACUCCUUGCUGGUUUCGCAAGAAAAGAGUUAUUGAAAAGAAAUCUGGAGUAUAUCAAGGCAAAAAUUGAUGCCAUGAAUAAAGGCGUCAGGGAUUACAACUUGCAAUGUCCGUCGACAGGUCUUCAUAAAUGGAAACUCACACAGGACAACGAAAUUGAUACACAAAUUAAAAAUGUUACGAAGAACAUUGAACCUCUCGUGAUUGAGCAUUUAAAAGCCAACAAGCAAGUAGCGAAAUCCAGCAAUGUUUCUGAAACCUCACUUUUAGGUCUUUUUGAGACAAGAGGUUCUGGGUCUCGCCAACUCUCAGAGAGUACUCCAAAUGACACUCAGAGGUCAUAUCUGGGUACGGGUUUGUGGAGGAUGUUGCGAAAUGCUUUAAAAACCUGA